UUUCGUUUUUCAAUCGUUUGUGCUGAUUUCGUGCCUUUGAAGAUGUUAAGACCUCGAUAAACAUUCCGGCCUGUUUUUAAAACUUUUUCCUAGAUUCUGAGAGAGUUUUCAGGUAAAGUUUUAAUCUGCUUGUUGUGUUCUGUAGCCUUAUUACCGAGUCUGCUGCUGCAUUGUAUAGAGAUCGGCAUAAUGUUUUAUAACGAAUAUUGCACGUACAAUGGAAAUGAAUAUACAUAGAUUGUUUUAAUAUAUACUAUAAAAGUAUGAAAAUUUGGGAUAAAUAUUGUGUAUUCUGUUCUCUUGACAGAUUUCUCGUUUACUGGUGAAAUAAAGCACUGAGGAAGUUUUUCAUUUGUAUGAGGUCACUACAACCUUCACAUUUUACUGAUGGAAGUCUGCCGGUUUUUGUAUUUCCACAAUCGCUGACUUUUUGUGCUGAUGAACAGGCCAGUCACAAGCAAGUUCUUACGGUUUACAACCCUUACGAGUUCGCUUUACGAUUUAAAGGUGCCAAGUUAAACAGAUUAUUAGACCCGAGGUCGUUAACUAAUUGUAUAUGUCAUUACAAAAUAAUUUUAGCUUACAUCUAAAAUGCUUAUUGUAAUAUUGAAUUUCAUGAAAUGCCUACUCACCCUUGAUUGCUUAUUUCAGGGCGUUCAAUUUACAUACUGGUAUCUCACUAGGCGUUUUUUUGUUUUAGUCUUGUGCACAGCUCCAAGCAGAUAUAUUGUGGUAGAUUCGGAUGGUGUAAUCAAACCCAGAUGCUGUAUUGACAUGUAGGUAUCAUAUUUAACAAUUAUUCCACGAGUGCGCGUUGGAUAUGAGUUGGCUAUAAUCAUCUCAUAUCCAACAAGCACGAGUGGCGUGAUUGUUUUAUUAAAAACACCCCAAAAUAUCGAGAAUUCUUCCUGACUUUAUUUGCAAAAACAACCGAUUUUCAGCUUGUUUUUAUUUUGAGCAGACGUGUACAGUCACCACAUUUGGAGAGUGUGGUAUGAUUGCUCAUAUACCAUGAUGGCUAACCCAAUCAGAGCUCUAGAAUUGCAUUAUCCAAUGAUUCAGUUUUUUAAUAAAAGUAAGGUGAAGGUGCACACAAGCCAAGGGCCCACACGGCCGGAGCUUAUUUCUGGUUUCCAUGGCAUGAAACAAGCCUAGAAGUAUUGCUACUUGCCCCUGGAUGGGAUGCUUGUCCAUAGCAGGGUUACCACCCAGGAGUAUGUCUCCGGUACCCAUUUAUACACCUGGGUGAAGAGAGACAAAGUGGAGUAAAGUUCCUUGUCUAAGGAAACAACGAGAUAGGCAAGAGAUGAACGUUAGACAUCCAGAUCCAGAGUUUGAGGUGUUAACAGCUUGGCCACUUACGCCUCCACAGUAAUUAAAAGUAGUUAUAGCCCAAAUGUUUUCUGGAUAUUUAACUUGUCACUUAUAUUUUUACGACAAUUUCCCACUUGCUGAUUGGUUGAAAGGUGGGAUCUAUGAGAGUAUAGACUAUAGAAAUGAUGUAAUGACUGCAGUUUAGAUAUAUGUACUAAAUAGGUUAUUAAGGACCACAAGUUUAACAGUUGUUAAGUGUUACACUCUCCAAAUUGAGUCUCUACUCCACUCCACUCUCCACUAUUUAUCUGCAUGCAGCAGUUUUCCAAGAAACGUCACUGGAAAUGGAGGUUAAAACUAUCAAUGUUAUUAUAUAAAAAAUAGACAAUCACUAUUCCAGUCCACAGAAAUGACAAUGGUGUUCAAAACGUUACUGUGAAACUUGAGUUUAGAACAUUAGGAUUUCAUUGCUAUGGUCUAUAAGGGUAUGAAAGCUACAACAGGGAAAAUAGUUUUGUCUAUUUGUCAAAUAGCCAAGUUGUACCUUUUAACCUCUUUAUCUUUAGAGUGAUACGCCACAUUGACAUUCAACCUGGCAUUACACAACAAGACAAGUUUAGACUUCACAUCUUUGAGCAUGGCCUUCAAGAUGUUAUUGGUAAAAAAGAAAUUAUCGCUGUCCUUCAGCCCAGCAGAACUGAACCAAAACAGGUAAAUGCCAGUCAGCUAUUGUGCCUCAACCAGAGUGUCAAAAAAUACUUGAGACAGUGGUAACCUGUUUACUACUUACAAAAAGUUUCCGAAAAAUCAGGUUGGAAAGCUAAUGGAACAGGACUUCAAACUGUGUGAGCUGCUUGCCCCAAGGAUAAGCUGGAAUUCACAUUUUUUUAUUUUUUCGGAACCCUGUACUUGUGAGAAUUCUUUCUUUAGUUUGUUACGUUUUUUUUUAUUAUUUUGUAGAGUUUCAUUGGAGAACAGUCACUUAAAUUAAGCGAUCUUAGGAUUUGUUGAAUGUGAAUGAAUUUUCCUCAGCUUGUGAAAACUGAUUAUUUUUCACUCAUAAAGCUUGGCUUUCACUACAACAGUUCUGACCAAGACACUCUUCCAAUAUAAAAAGUUGCCAGCAGCUUAUUUUCCCAGACAUCAUAACAGUAUUACUAUUCCAGGCAGUACCAUUGGCUAAUUGCCGCAGGUAGGUAAGUGAUUAUAAGAACCAGGUUCAAAUUGUUUCUCAAUAAUUUUUUCACAUUUUUUAACAUAUAGAAGAGCAAAGAACGACCAUCUACAAGGAGGGGGACACAAAGAAUAGGAAGUAGUAGUGUCACUGUUGAACAAUUUGCAGACUCAGGUAAGGUUUUUAUCCAUAGGUAUGAGACUGGUGCAUAAAGGAUUAGAAAUCUGAUUACUAGAAAUUAUUUAGACUAGUCAGAUUCUCAUGAUUGUUUCCUUUAUAGUCUCCAUUGUUUUUUUUUUGGAUUGUUGUGAUGAAUUGUUUCGGGAAGUAGGGUCACUAGUCUUUGUUCCCUAGGCGGUAUCUUUACAAGAUAAGUAGCCCCACCUAAUGUCCAAAGCAGGGGGAUUCUAUGCCUGGCGCCAUUUUCGAGAGCCGACACUGUUCUAGUUAUAACAUCAUCAAAUCGUCCUUCAUCCGCUCCCAUGACUUCACAUAACCCUGAUUUUUUUGGCAUAGUUGCCACAGGUCAGGGAAAAUAAAAUUUCUUCAAGGUCAGGGAAAAGUUAAAUUUUAAGAGUACAUGUUUAUUCUUUUCCCAGUACCUUUACUGUUUUCUACUAUUUAAAAUUCUUUUGUGCAUUGUAUGCACAUGAAUCGUGUCGUAUUGGUUGAAUAUUGUUCAUGAAAUUGAAUGACAAGCCAAUGCUGGCUUUUCAAGAACAUCAAUUUCUUUUACACUGCACUUGAGUUGCUGAAAGCAUAAAUAAAUGGCUGGAGGGGAUUGCUGUGAGGGGAAGGUUGAGUCCAUCAGCAGGUCAAAUGUGUGAGAUAGUUAAUUCAGUUGGUCAGGGAAAUUUUACAUAUUUUGUCUGGAAAAAGUCAGCGAAAAGUCAGAAUUUCAGAAACCUCUGGCUGUGGCAACCAUGAUUGGAGGGGUGGAGGUGGAGGGCAGGUUGGGUUUUCCAUCCUGCCCUCAGGGGUCCUGUAAGCUAGCAGAGGGUAGGAGUCACCUUAUGUCUCCUGUUGGUAGAGGAUACCUCUACCCCGCUACUUGGAGAUUCUAACACGUGGCAAAAAACUGAGCUAUCACCACUACCUUAAAUGCCCUUAGUUAUUUUUUAGAAAUAAUUAACAAGAUAAGCAAGAACCAAUGUGUGAAAACAUGUGAAAAGGAAGUCCAAGUUAACGAUCGUGAAUAGUAAAGUGCAAAAUAUCCAAAUUGAGGAGUUCUAUAGGGUAUCAUCUCCUUCCCUUUGAACUCUUUGGGAUGCCUUGGCAUAAUGAUCGUUCCUCUACCACAACCUGCAAUUUUGGACAAAAAUCAUACUCCUCUGUGUAAAAAUGAUGGUAGGUAUACCCUAGUGCAGAUCAUUCUCUAAAAAUAGCUUUUUGUCCUUAUUCAAUAAACAGGAUUUGGAGGUCAGAAUGCUCCUAGUUUGUGGGUAAUUAUGAUGGCUGUUGUCUGUAUUAUUGCUCUCAUGUUGCCACUGGAAGGAGACAAGCAACGUUCAGAUCUAAUACCACAGUAUUUACAUUUGUCUGUCAACCAGAAAUUGUUGGCUGCCUUUAUUUUAGGUAAUUAUAUAGUUAUUUUACCCAUAUUAUCCAAGAUCAAACCCUUUUUAAAAGUGGUAAUGGUAUUGUUAAUGUCAGAGAAAUAGUAUUUGUAUAGGUAAUAGCAUGAUUUGUAGUGAUAUUUGGCAUAAAUACCGCGAGUGAUAUUUCGAAAUUGUUAUAUGUAAUUUCACGAGCCGUUAGGCGAGAGAAAUUUGAGACGAUUUUGAAAUAUCACGAGUGGUAUUUAUGCCAAAUAUCACGUACAAGUCAUGCUAUUAUUUGUUUAUGCUACCACCCGCAAAAGGUUUGUAAUUUUCACAUGUAGGUAUUUAAAAUUAAGCUGAAAUACCACUGCUCUAAGCCAAUCACAUUGCAGUAAUUUUUCUUGUAGUAGUGUAACAGUAAUAAUAAUAAUCGGGAAUCCAGAAUCCUGGAAAUUUUGGCUGGUGGAAUCCAGAAUCCUUGUCUUUAGAAUCCAUAAUUCAGCUCAAGGAAUCCAGAAUCCCACUAACGAUAGGAAUCGGGCUUUUAAGAAACCAUCACAUAGCUUCCAGAUUUCAAAGUUUUUCCGGAGGGUCAUUCCCCUAGACCCCCUUUAGAUGUGCCUUGCUGACCGCAGGUCUUGCCCUAGCCGGCAAACAAGUUCUCCAUUUGGGCGCGUGAAGUGAGCCACACGAGCGAGCGCUCGCGUGCCACUCGCGCGUGUACUUUUCACCAUAUCCCCCAAAUAGAGAGCUUGCUGGUAGGUUAGUCUUGCCCCGGCCAUACAGUAGUCUUGCUAUGGCCCUUUCAUUUAAUUUUUUGAAGCACAAAAUGUUUUAGCCACUUAUAAAGCAUAAAAUUUCCCCGGUCCCAGAGGUUUUCUUUUCUUCUGUUACUCAGUUUCUCCUUAAGCAAGAAAGCUGACCCCUGAAACCAGGGUACCCGCGUAGCAAUGUACACCAUCCCACAAUAAAUUAGAAUGGGCCAUUCGUGAGUUGCCCAGAGCCUCUGUUUCAAAGCGAGGCUAAGUGUAAAGCCAUUGAUAUGAAAGUGAUUCUUUAUUCUCGUGCAAAUAAAACACAUUUUCACCUGAAAGGUUUUGCACUUAACCUCGUUUUAAAAGGAAAAUCGGAAAUGGCUUAAAUUAAGUUUUCACGACGUAGAUCGAAGCCAUUGUAUUUGAAGUAUAAAAUCUUUUUCAGGUCUUAUAACGAUGGCUAUUCUGAAGACAUGACGAUGGUUGACGAGUCUUUCCAAAAGGCAAGAUAAUUGAUAAGCUAGGCACAACAACAACAAAAAAACCGCUUAAAGCUGAAAUGUUAGUGGAUGCAUUGCUUUAGACCACUUAGAAAUUAAGUCCUGAUUUUCCAUGUCUAAAAAGAUUUAAAAGUAUUAGUAAUGGCUAACGCUGUGCUAAAUUUCGGUAGGUUUUUUUAAGUAGCAUUAUUCUUCAUGAUUUUACGCAGAAUAAUGAAAUGCAAUGCAUAACUUUCA